GUGGUUAUCACGUUCGCCUCACACGCGAAAGGUCCCCGGUUCGAAACCGGGCGGAAACAAGACGCUUCUUUUCCUCCCCGUUCUUUUGGACGCGCUUGUCACGCCCUCCGAAAUUACAGUCCCCUCCUCUCCUUCCCCGCUGUCCCGGGGGCCGUGCUGCGGCUCUCCAGCCCGGGCCCGCAGCCGGGGGUGGCCGCCACACGUCUCGCGAGGGGACCGCGGGCCUGGGGCGCCCGCAGCCCCGGAAGCGCAUCCUCGCCUCCCCGCGGCCUUCCUGUUCGCGCCGUGCCCGCCGCACAGCUCGUCUCGGGCCCGGGGUCCGCGCGCCCCCGGACGGCGCCGGCGACUCGAGUCUCUGGAGAGUCAGCCGCCCCGACUCCUGAGAAGAUUCUUCAAGGAGCCGUUUCCCCAGCAGCGUGAGGCCCGCGGAGGCGCCCUCGGGACUGGCCGCUGCCACCAUGCCCAAGAGGAAGGCCAAAGGCGACGCCAAAGGGGACAAGGCCAAGGUCAAGGAGGAGCCGCAGCGGAGGUCGGCGCGGUUGUCGGCCAAGCCCGCGCCCCCGAAGGCAGAGCCCCGGCCCAAGAAGACCCCCGCCAAGAAGGGGGAGAAACCGGCCAAGGGGAGGAAGGGCAAGGCCGAGGCGGCCAAGGAGGGGAACAACCCCGCCAAGGGCCGCGACGCCGCCGCCGCGUCGCAGAGAGCCGAGGGCGCCGGCGACGCCAAGUGAGGGGACCGCGGGCGCGCCCGCUGUGGGACUCGGCCGUGCGAGGGGCUUUUCUUUUCCAAUCAGUUUUCUAAAAAUGUAGGGGUCUCGGUUGGUUUGUUUUCCUGUUUCCCUCUUUAAGUUAUGUUGCUAGCACACAGCACACUUCGUCGUUGUCCUUUGUGGGAAGGGCCAGUGCCACUAGGAGAAGGGCCCAGAAGCCGGGUCGCAACGGGCCGGAGUUUGUGUGGCUUUGCUAGAUGCGACCGUCCGGCGGACACCCCCGUCCCCCACGGGGGCGCAAGGCCCCCACCUGGGUGCAGGAGACACGUCCCGUCCUCUCGGCCGGCAGCGUAGACGAUGCCAAGACCCAGAGCCCUGCAGUGGCCUUGGCACCCCCCGGCCUUGGCUCCGUCUGGCCCAGCGCCCGGGCCCGCCGGGGGGUCCGCAGAGGGGGCUGCUGGCCAGAGUGUCCCGGGCACCGUCGGGCAGCGGACGCUGCGGUUGUCACGGCCUCGGCUCCAGCUCAGAGUGGACCUGAGCAAAGCAGUUUGAGGCCGGGCACGGGCCGCCCCGUCGGAAAACGCCUGCGUUUCCGCAGUAGCAGAGACUGUGGCUCCGGCAGGGGAGGGAGUCUGGAAGGUGUGAACUGUCGGGGUUCGUCGCGUCGCCCGUGUCCUGUGGGAAUUCAGUGCUUUUGAAAAGGAGCUUCGUUAAGCUGGUUACAAGGCGGUUUGGCAAUGGGAGCAGAGGCCUUAUUUUCUGCCCAAAGUUCUAAAGAUAUUCUUUAUUGCAUUGUAAAAGUUUUAUAGUUUUGCUUAUCACAUUUGUGGAAAAUGUGAGCUAGACGUUCAAUAUAUAUUUUUUUUCUGUAUGGGUUAAUGGUUGUUCAGCACUGUUUGCUGAAAAGUUCCUUCCACCUACUAAUCCCUAACACUGAUUUAUAAAUUGGGCCGGUGGGGGUUGCUC